AUGGCCCGAUCCAACGAGGCCUUCGGCUCGGCCGACAACCAGCCGUCCAUUCGCUUCUCCGCCUACUACGACCCCCGAUCCACGCGGCCGUCACUGUCCUUCCCGCCCAUCUCCAGGACGCUGUCCAACGGCGCCGAGGUCAUCCGCGUUGGCAGAUACUCUGAGCGCGACACACAAGCCCUGGCCGGCGCGUCUGGUCAUCCUGCCCCGGGGGCGCCCGUGGGCUUUAAGAGCAAGGUGGUCAGCCGCCGGCACUGCGAGUUUUGGUACGAGGAUGGCAAGUGGUACAUCAAGGACGUCAAGAGCUCGUCCGGCACCUUUCUCAACCACAUCCGAUUGAGCCCGCCCUCGCAGGAGAGCAAAGCCUUUCCCGUCAACGAUGGCGACAUUGUCCAGCUGGGUAUUGACUUUAAAGGGGGCGAGGAGAUGAUUUUCCGCUGCGUCAAGAUGAGGCUGGAGCUCAAUCGCGGAUGGCAGAACAAGCCAAACACGUUCAACAUGGCCGCUCAUAAGAGACUGCGUACCAUGGCGACCAACGGAGGAGGCUCCGUCUCGAGUUCAAAUUCCCAGGACUGCUCUAUCUGUCUCAACUCCAUUGCCCCGUGCCAAUCUCUCUUCGUCGCCCCUUGCUCUCAUACGUGGCACUUCAAAUGUGUACGCUCUUUGCUCACCUCACCGCAAUACCCCAUCUUCAUCUGUCCCAACUGCCGUGCUGGCGCCGACCUGGAAGCCGACGUCGAGGAUGCGGGCGAGGAAUGGCAGAAUAUCGACGAAUUCACAGCCCCCAGCGACCCGGUGCCCCCUACCGUCGUCGAGCCGCUCGCUCCAGAAAUCGUGCCGCCCCUUCCCUCUCUGACAGAGGAUGCGCCUGAGGCGACGGUGCAAGAAACAGAUGCCAUGGACGUUACCGUCAACUUCGCUGCGUCGGGCAGCCCGACAGCGCCGCACGCAACAUCCGACCCCUUGCCCAUUCGAAGUCGGUCCUCGGGUGCCGGCCGCGCGAGUCAUUUGCGAGAAACGGGAACCCCCUCGCCACCUGGCAAUGGGGCAGAGGGUCUCAUCACCCCGAGGAACAACGCAGGGCCCUGGGUGUUUGACGGAACGGCAGGCCGACGGCCAGCCAACGCUACCGACGAGAUGCCGAGCCUCGACUCUGCAGCAGAUGCCGACACGACCACGCACGAGUCCAGCGACGACGCUGCCAGCCGGUAG